UAAGACUGAAACACGUCGUAACAUGCCAGUACAUGGAGGGUGUAACAUGCCAUUCAGGGAAUCUUAGCUUAUCAAAGGCAUCGUAGUUUGGACGAAUACAGAGAGAUCGCUGCAGUAAUGGCGGAAGGUGGGCCUCAACCGGCAGACCAAAUGAACAAAGACAACACUGCCUUGACCUAUCAACUUCUCGAAUGUCCUAUUUGUCUAGAGCAGAUGCGAAGUCCAAAGUCUCUCCCAUGUUUACAUUCCUUUUGUGAGGAAUGUCUUAGUACCUACAUUGUCACAGACUUGUCUGGUGAGAUGGCCGCCGUGACGUCCUUCCCCUGUCCUGUAUGUAGGAAGAUAACGUCGCCUGUCAAUCACUCUGAGGGUAAAGAGACGUGGGCCCAACAUUUUCCUACCAACCGUCUGCUACAAUUCUUUAACAAUCACAAAGAAAUGGCAGAUACUCCACUUAAUUGCGGCCCUUGCAAGAAGCAAAACAAUCAGGAAACACCAGCUAAGUUUCUAUGCAGAGGGAUUGACACAUUGUUUUGCGAACAUUGUAAGAUUAAUUUUCAUGAUAUCGUCCACGAAUUGUGUGACGUUGUAACUCUCCAUGAGGCAAAUCCUGACGUGACACGGGGAAAACAAUCGUCAAUAACAUGUUCGAAACACAACUUGAUGAUGGACCAUCAUUGUGAAAAUCAUAAGUUAAUCGGAUGCAAGAAAUGUAUCAUCACAGAUCAUCAACGAUGUGACGAUGUAACGACAAUCAAGGAGUAUUGUGAAACGAAGAAGAAUAACUUAAGGCUUGAUGAAAUGGAGAAGUCUCUCAACAAAGCAGCCAACUGCAUGGGUUUAAUGGUAAACGCUUUUGACCAACAGGUAGAAUCCUUGCAGCGAUGUCAGGAUGUUGGUUUAAGCAGUAUUUCAGAUCUCCGACAGAGAAUCAACACAUAUCUCGAUAAGAAACAGGAGGAGAUAACUCAAGAAAUGAUUUCAAAAUGCAAAGCUGAGAAAGCCAAGGUUGAUUUAUCAAAGCAGAAGUGUAGCCGACUGGGGGGCGCUAUUCAGAUCACAAAGGAAGCGUCACAUACGGCCUUGCGGAUGGAAGACCACCUCGGGAUGAUACAACUGUUCCAUAGAGGUCAGACAGAGAUCGGGGCUUGUAAUGACCUGAUUGAUGAUAUCGUGUAUCCAUUGGAAUCAGUAUCUAUAAACCACAACCUCGACACCAACUUUUUUACAAUAAACCCCAGCACUACUUUGCCUUUGGGAAGUAUUCUCGCAAUGAAGCAACCAUUUAUCAUACCUGACGGUAUUGGGUACAUACAAAAUGUCGAUUCGCUAUUAGAUAGUCGCGCCAAAAAAGUAGGAACAUGCAUGAUUAAGAUUCCGUCAGAUCAACAAGUGUGUGAAGUGCACGGAAUUUUAUUGAUGCCGACUGGAAACAUCGUUGUUAGUGACUGUAAAAACGUUAAACUAAAAUUGAUUUCUAUCAAAGGACAGUAUUUGGACGGGUUAAAUACCAAUGGACACCCACAUGAUGUUUGCUUGGUGGAUGAUGACACAAUGGCAGUUGCUACUACUGCCGGUAUACAUGUCGUGAAAGUACAGCCUUCAAAGCUGACGCUAUCGACCGUGAUAAACGUGUCAACGUCCAUCAAAUGUCACGGUUUGGCGUUCAUGGAUGGACAUUUCAUGGUGAGCACAAGCAAAGGCAUUCAUAGAGUGGCAUUGGGUGGUAAGGUAAUGCAAAAUCAUACAUUAUCCUCACCGUGCUGGCAUCUUGCUUCUAAUACGAAGAAGAAUACCACAUUUGCCUGUCUGCAAACAUCUUCAGUGGUUAAUACUGUGGUUACCAGACUACCAAAUGGUAUACAAAUAUAUGGUAUAGAUGAGAGGAUAGUCCGGAACGCGAUGGGAGUAGACGUCGACCCUGAGGGGAAUGUGUACGUCUGUGGUCAAGAUUCCAACAACGUGGUACAGGUCUCCGCUAACGGGACCAAAAUCAGAGAACUUCUGACGUCAAUGAAUGGUAUCAACAAACCCAGGGCUAUAUCUGUGUGUGGGGACAAAUUCGUAGUCACUAACCAAUCAUCAUAUGAGAAUGAAAUACACGUAUAUCAGCUCUACUGACUCCGCAUCAUCACUUCCGUUCGGUAGUUGACCAAGCGAAUGGAGGAAUUCCUGCUAUGAUGUUGAAGUUUGUAUAUGAAUUUUGUAAGAAAUGAAGCACCACGAUUGCCUUUCAAGUAAGAACAAAUAUCUUAAUUAAUUUUCUUAUAAGACUUUUGUACUGCGCAAUGAUUGUUUCACUACGGAGCUGCCGUGGAGCCAGCACUGAGUUGAAUGAUAGUCAUAGGUUACGUGGUGAACAUAAAACUAAUGGUUAAUAUAUGUAAAGAGUGAAGGCAAGAUAAAUCAUUUUACCCUUCAUUCGUUGGUUGUCUCGUUAAAUACCUUACAAAGGAAAAAGUUGUGAUAAACGUAAUUAAGCGCCCUUGGGAUGACAAUUUGUUGUGUAUUAUAACAUCAUGAUAUUGUCAAAUGCGUCGCACAGUAGCUCUUUCGCUUUCAUCCAAAUCCAGCAUGUGAAAUUCGGCACAGUCAAGAGAUGAAAAUAACAAUUCAAGCUCGUAACAAUGGCUAUGUAAACAAUAACAAUGGCUUUGUCAUGUAUCUUUAUAUACACGCUUUUAUUACAUGACUACUGUUUUAUUAAAUGAACAUAUCCGUGUUCUACAAAUAUUUGCUCAUUUUACACUUUCUGUUUUGACAUCCUAAUGACGAUCAUACUUAUGUAGUUAAAGUGGAGAUCUUGAAACUUGAUAUGAUCAGAAAAAUAUGCU